AUGUCCAGCCCUUAUGUCAACUACGUUAUUAUCAUUGGUUGUAUGGUGAUGUAUUCUGAGGUGUACCUUGGUACGAUGGAAUACAUGCAUGUAGGCAACCGAAGCAGAAGCGAAGACUUCAUGUGCAUGAGCCGGUCUAUUUCAAUAACUAUAGGUUUUACACUUUUGUUUGGUUCAAUGUUUGCGAAGACUUAUCGAGUGCAUUACCUUUUCCGAGAACAUAAAAUCAGGAAAAAGUUCAUAAAGGAUCGACACUUACUUGCAAUGGUCUUUGUGCUCAUUUUGAUAGACCUGGCUAUACUUGUUCCAUGGUCUACCUUAUUCCCAUUCCGCCAGCAACAGAUUGUAAAGUUGACCAAGGAUUCGGCAGACAAGAACUUGAUCUAUUCAGAGAUUUUUCCCUACUGUUAUAACGAAAAGCAAAUGUAUUGGUUGGUCACUUUAUACGUAUAUAAAGGUCUUCUAUUGGCAUUUGGUACAUUCCUUGCCUGGGAGACAAGACACGUGACAAUACCGGAACUGAAUGAUUCAAAGUACAUAGGUGCUUGUAUAUACAACGUUGUUGUUGUCUGCGUCUUUGGAGUUCCUCUUGCUCACGUUUUACCAAUCGAGCAGACGACAUUGAAUUUUGUCCUGGAAUCGUUCCUGCUCAUAUUUUGUACCACGAUAUGUGCCUGCAUUAUAUUCGUACCUAAGAUAAAAGCAAGGAACAAGGUUCAAGGACGAAUGCUACAAUCUGACAUGACGAAAAGCGCGUGUUCUGGGACAUCGGGCAGCCGGGUGAAUUCCGUUAAGACAGUAUCAGGACAAAGCUCGGGACAGAUAUAUGAAGUGUCAUCUAAAACAUCGACAGAAGACAUGACAAUGGAGAUCAAAGAACUGAAGAACCAGAUAACAAUGGAUGCUAUUGCUAUGGCAAAAUUAAAGAAGUCGAUUUUAGCGGCGACCGGAAAUUUACACUUCUACAAAUCUGGCAACGAGUAUGUCGUGUUUCAAAGCGGCAGUUCCAUGAAGGGAGAUUACACGGAUCCUGUUUCAGAUUUAAAUUUACAGUCAGUUUGUUGA